CCACCGUCAUGACGGCCACAGCUUCAAACUCGACGCCCGUACUUUCUAAGUCUGUGCCGCCCAGGAGCUUAACCCCUGACGCAGAGGCACUCGGAUCGUGCAGUUCGCUCCCAUUCGAUGCCGGUGAAGGGUCCUCCGACACUGGCAUCACUCCCUCUUCGACCACGGGUGUCUCGUCUGCUUCUACAACCGCCAAAACGUCCUCGUCAGUACCUGACACCGAAUAUCCACUGCUGCCAUUGCACGAGUUUGUAUGGGGGGAGAAACUAGUACGGAAUACUCUCCCACAGGCUGCUAUACCUCCCUGGCUCGAUCCCCUCCACGUAGAUGUGGACGACCCCAAGAAGCUUCCUCUGUGCUGGUACGGAGUAGAAUUCCUGCCCGGCCUUGUCUUCAAGUACGCAGAACGUGUCGGUCUCGCCGCCUAUCUCAAGUUUACCUGCGCCCACAUGAAGGAGGGGCACCUGGACAUAUUCGAAACGUGGAUCAGAUUCACGGAUUGGUUUGAGAUGAAGACGGGUUUGAAAGUAGAUCUGAUCGAUGUGUGGGGACAUGACGUCCCCAUCAUGACCUUUUUUUCGAACCACGAGAUCCCUCGCAUCACGGACCAGAUGUGGCGCCAGGCCUGCAAUUUGCUGGACAACAUGGAGCUUCCUGACGAGUUUCAGCUCGAAUGGUACUUAGACCGCAG